ACAGACGUAGAAAGCAGACAGACGAAGGCAGGAGAAGUUUGUGAUGGCUGCUAAAAGGGACAACACUGAGAGAUUGAUCAGGCGCAAACUCAAGCAGACUCUGAAGAAGUUGGGGGCAAAAGCUGCUGCUACCAGGGCAGAGAUGAGUCGUGUGAGAGAGGAAAAAGCAAAAUGGAAAACUGCAAUGGAGGAGAUGAAAUUUGAGGUGGACCUGUUGAAGACAUCUCUUCAGCAGCUUUCUGAUGACAUGCUUCUCAUCUCUGAAGCCGUGGAUAAUCUUGCUGAGAUUAUACUUCAGCUUAAUUAGUCAGUUUAGUCUAGGAAAAGACCAGUCCUAUUUUAGGCAUGAAAUUUAGAUAUCAGUUAUUUUGCUUUAAUAUUGUGUCAGAUCAUAUAUGAUUAAGUUCAAGGUUUGGUAUGAUUUCAAUCAAAAAAAGUUGGGUCUUUUAGCUACUCAUGAGUUAUGUCUUUAGGUUAAAGGUUUGGUGUGUUUUUGGGUUUUAGUCAUGAGUAAUGUCUUUUUAAGUUCAAUAUAUGAUGUAGUUCUGG